GUAUCUAUUUCGCCAGAGAUUACUUCAAAAAAAGUGUGCAGAGAUAUUAUCAACCAGUUAGUUAAAAUGUAUCGGGAAUCCCAGUUGGACAACCGCAUACCUGCUUACGAUGGGAGAAAGAGCUUAUUUACUGCCGGACCGUUACCUUUUACUUCCAAGGUUUUUGUGGUUGUCUUGACUGACGACAAUAGAGGAUCCUCUUCUGAUUCUGAUAGGAAAAAGCGUGAGCGGGAGUUUAAGGUUACUAUAAAGUUUGCUUCCAAGACGGAUCUCUACAACCUUACUCAGUUUCUCCGUCGCAUGCAGCUGGACUGUCCUUACGAAACCAUUCAAGCUCUUGAUGUUGCUUUGAGGGCAACUCCAUCUGAGAAGUAGAGUUAUAUUUUGAGUGUU